GCAGCCCCUCCCGAGCAGCUGGUGAGCGCUGUGCGGAGACGGGAUAUGUGGCUUUCACUUUCUCUUCUUCAGAAAGCUUAGGGAAAAGGCUGAUCGGGGUUGCCUCUGUAAUAGGAGGCAGUGCCGAGGAAAAAGGGGUGGGUGUUUCCAGGGAUAUCAGCAACGUACUCGACUCUUUUUUUAUGUUUUUAUGGCAACAGUCAUGGAUGAGUUAGCUGUGGAAGUCCGGGGGACCAGUGGAGCUUUUUACAAGGCAUUUGUGACGGAUGUACAUGACGAUUCUGUGACGGUAACGUUUGAGAAUAAUUGGCAGCCAGAGAGACAGAUUCCCUUCAGCGAUGUACGAUUCCCUCCACCUUCGGGAUUUCAGAAAGACAUAAGCGAAAGCGAUGAAGUAGAGGUAUGUGCUGUUUAUUCCAGAGCAAAUGACAAAGAGCCCUGUGGUUGGUGGCUUGCGAAAGUCAGAAUGGUGAAGGGAGAGUUUUAUGUUAUAGAAUAUGCUGCUUGUGACGCUACCUACAAUGAAAUUGUCACAAUAGAGAGGUUGCGACCCAUCAACCCAAACAAGCCAGCAACGAAAGACACCUUCCUCAAGAUCACAAUGGACGUGCCCGAUGACUUGCGCCAAAUGUGUGCAAAGGAAUCUGCACAUAAAGAUUUCAAAAAGGCAGUUGGAGCAUUCAGUGUAACAUACGAUUCAGAUACAAAUCAGCUGGUUAUUUUGUCCAUCAGUGAAGUGACAACAAAGCGAGCGACUAUGUUAAGUGACAUGCAUUUCCGAAGCCUGCGCACAAAGUUGUCCCUAAUGAUGAGGAAUGAAGAAGCCAGCAGACAGCUAGAGAGCUCCCGGCAGCUGGCCUCCCGUUUCCACGAGCAGUUUGUUGUGCGAGACGAUCUCAUGGGUCUGGCCAUCGGUACUCACGGGGUCAACAUCCAGCAGGCCAGGAAAGUGCCUGGGGUGACCACCAUCGAUCUGGACGAGGAGACCUGCACUUUCCAUAUCUACGGAGAGGACCAAGAAGCAGUAAGAAAAGCCAGAAGUUAUUUGGAAUUUUCUGAAGAUGCGAUAAAAGUACCAAAAUAUUUAGUAGGAAAAGUUAUUGGGAAAAAUGGAAAACUCAUUCAGGAGGUCGUGGAUAAAUCCGGAGUAGUUCGUGUUAGAGUUGAAACUGAGAAUGACAAAAAAAAUCUACAAGAUGAAUUACUGCAGGGCAUGGUAUCGUUUGUGUUUGUUGGAACAAAGGACAGCAUCUCCAAUGCACAAGUUCUUCUGGACUAUCACCUCAAUUACUUGAAGGAGGUAGACCAGCUCCGUCUGGAGAGGUUACAGAUUGAUGAGCAGCUGAGGCAGAUCGGGGCAGGGGGUUCCAGGCCCCCAGCAAGCCGCUCCGAUAAAGACAAGACUUUCAGCGCUGACGAGAGUGUGGGUCCAGCCCGCGGAGGAAAGCCCUUCAGUGGGAGGGGCCGUGGUAGACGUGGGCCGAGCUAUGCGUCAGGCACCAACUCUGAAGCCUCCAAUGCAUCUGAGACUGAGUCUGAUCACCGGGACGAACUUAGCGACUGGUCACUGGCACCAGCGGACGAGGAGAGAGACAGCGUCCCUCACCGUGGCGACGGCCGCAAGCGGGGAGGAGGGGGCAGAGGCCGAGGGGGCCGAGGCCGGGGAGGGUACAAAGGAAAUGAAGAAAUGCAGUGGAACGAAACGCGGCAGCGCAACCCUAAAGACCCCAAAUCUAGGCCUCCAGAAGACUCUCUGCAGAUCAGAAUUGACAGCAACAAUGAAAGGAGUGUGCACACUAAAGCAUUCCACGGUCCCUUCACUGAGGGCGACAGCAAUGGCAGCAACCGGCCGCGGCCAGGCAGGGAGCGCGCUCUGAAGAAGGACAAGCCCGAUACAGAGGCAGGCAGGGAGCGCGUUCUGAAGAAGGACAAGCCCGACACAGAGGCAGGCAGGGAGUGCGCUCUGAAGAAGGACAAACCCGACACAGAGAGCCCCCGGGUGCUGCUGAAUGGAGUGUCGUAGAGGCUCUGAUCUGUGUCGCAUGUUCUGUAAUGUUUAAUUUAAUCCAGAAGCUUCUUCAUUAGAGAAAGGUGUUAGGCCAAAGAGAUUCAGAUCGGUAGGGCUGUCACAAGACCUGAAAUAAGCACACUGUUUAAUUGUGUUUAAACAUUUAAUGACUUUUUGCAGCAGGUACAGAGGGUGAGUUUGUUUUUGUGUUUUUAGAUUUUCUUUCUCUGGGAUUAUAGGGGUGAUGCUGCAGUUGUAUCAAUAAAAUACAGCAUGUCAGCUUUUAUUACCUAAAGGUAAAGUACAAAAAGCAUACACUCUUUAAAUCCGGUCAUUGCUGUUGUCUGUGCAUUGUGUAACUUCACAAAGCAAUUUUACACCCUUUCCACAUGUAAUUAAUUGAGAGGCGCUUAAUGACACUGUUCUUAUACCAUGAUACUGUUCAUCAUUCCACCACCAUGUCACAUGUGUUUCAUGUCCUGUGUCACCUGUGGUCCACAUAGUCUGUUGUGGUGGACCGUGUUACAAUGUGAUGUAACAGCUGUCGCAUCAUUUAUCAAAAAAGACAAAAUCCUGAAUGAUCUGUGCCUUUUAAAUAUAGCUUGGAUGGUAACUUUGUUAUUGGUGGAUGUAUAAAUCAGGGAAGAAGAAUUAGAAAACACUAAUGUAAUAUACUUGUAUGUAGAGAACUUGUUCAACCAUAAAACAAUCUUUCUUGAAGAGUGCAUGCUUUUCGUAUAUAUAUUUUUUUUUAAACAAAAUAAUAAAGCAUCCAUCAAGGCAGCAGAAUCAUCUUGUUUUUGCACUGAAGUCUUAUAGAAUAGUGUUCUAAAAAGAGGGAAGUUUUUUUUUUUUUUUUAAUUGUUUUGCUUUAUUUUAUUUUGUUUUUUUUCAAGCUGGGGUACUGUCCUCUUUGGGAGUUAGAAAGGAGAGUUGAGUAAUGCUAAAGCAGAUCUGCCUCCCAGUGUUAUGGUUCGGAAGUGAUGCACUCAGAUGAAUGUGUGAAAGUCAGCUGCUAAGCAUAAAUGAUUCCCGUUUAUGUCUGAAGUUUUGUCCCAGUUUGUUUCCAAGGGUGUUGGACGUUUCUUAGGAACUUCUUCUUAACUGUAUUAUCUUGUUAUGAUAAUUUGUGUAUCAAAAUAAAAGCAGCGGGGGAAAUGCUAUGUAGCUCAUCAUUCCUCAUUUAAAGGCGUUGUCCUACACUGCUUUUGUGAAUGAGGCCCAAUUCCCAUUACCCCUGGCAGUGUAAGGAUGAGUAAAAGUUCAGGAUUGCCCGGUUGUAUUGCACACCAUUAGUGAUUCUCAACAAGAAAUUGUUCAGUGGUGCCGGCGUCUCCAGAGCAGGAGGACGGAUAUAUUCAGCUUGGUUCAAAUUAUUAAUGGGAGCACUUCUUCCUAGUUGAGUGGGACUGACAAUGUGCAGCUGCUUUUGUUGAGCAGCAGUAAUGCUGUGAGGUAGGUAGCCUGAAGCCUUAAGGUCAUUAUAAGAUGCACUGUGACAUUAAAAGUGAUGUUUUAUAUACUGUAUAGAAUAACUGCGAUUUCUAAAUGUAGUCUGGGUUUGGGUUGCACUACGACACUUCACUUAAAAUCCCAAUUCUGUGGUUGGAUUUGGUUGAUAGCACUUGCCCAGCUCAUAAAUACUGCAAUGCCACUUGGCAUGAUUUUCCUCUUGUUUUACAAAUUUCUUACUUGGAUUUCACAUGCACAAGACUGCUGAUUUUUUUUUUUUUUUUUAAUGUUGCCACCAUCAUCAUAGGGGUACAAAACAAGUAAUAAUAAAACAAAGUUUUCCUUGAGUAGAAUUUUUCGGCAUUGGGAAACCAAUAAAUCUAAUCUUUUUAUUUAGUGAUGUGCGGUUGUAUGUUUUUAUUUUUAAAUACAUUUUACAUACAAAAUAAAAAAAAAAAAAACAUUUUACUUUUUUUAAAUGAAUAAAUGUGUAACAUCUGCAGCAGCCUAUGAGGGAGUAAUCUAUCUGCAGCAGCCUAUGAGGGAGUAAUCUAUCUGCAGCAGCCUAUGAGGGAGUAAUCUAUCUGCAGCAGCCUAGGGGAGAGUAAUCUAUCUGCAGCAGCCUAGGGGAGAGUAAUCUAUCUGCAGCAGCCUAGGAGAGAGUAAUCUAUCUUGAAGGCUGGUAUUGUGUUCUCAGUGUGGUUUCGAUAUUGCGCAUGUUCUAUCUGUGCUCCCACCGUUACCCCACAUCACCACUUUGUCAGUAACACUGAAGCACAAAGAAGAUGAAACAUUGCAACUGCUACUGCCUCUUGGUGCUGUGCUGCUAUUUUUGGAUAAUAAAAACAUUCUGGUAUUCACAAGUUUAAGGCAUGUGAAAAUGUUAUGUGUAACAAUAUAUUAUUUCUGAUUAAGUACUUUAAAUGAACUUCAUCUCGUGAACCUCUCGCACUUUUACUGCACAGGUCCAGAUCUGGGGAAGUAAUGUUUUAGAAUUAUUUUCAAAUUCUGUGUAUCCACUAGAAGUAGUGUAAGAUAUUUAACAUUCUUUAGUAUCUCUAGAUUCAAUGCAAUGCACUUGUGUGUUUCAAACCUUGGUAUUUAUUUGUGUUUACCUGAUGCAUCCAGGUGCACAGGAAAACAAUACAUUUGGGUUUGCUGUAUUACAGUUGCGUACUUUUACUCGGUAAUUAAGCGGUGCUAUGUUGUAAAGAAUAUAUUUUGGGCAAAUUUAGUGUCUGGGCUGCUGAAUCCCAUAUGUGUCACCAGUUUCGUGUAAAAAAAUAACUCUGAUUGUUUAUUUCUGGUAUUAUUAUUAUUAUUAUUAUUAUUAUUAUUAUUAUUAUUAUUGGAUCAGAUGCAUUAAAUAACCAUAAACAAAAUAUUGCAGCAGACUGCACUUUUUAAAAAUACAUCAAAUGUCUUCAAAGCGUUGCCAAACAACCAUGAUUUUUAGUUAUUUAUUUUGGGAAUAUAGUGGAAAUGAAAUAAUAAUAAUAAUAAGAAUAAUAUGUUUUUUGCAACCAUUAUUGUAGGCUGUUUCAUUUUUUUUUUUUUUUUUUUUUAAUACUGUAGAUAAUUAACCAAGGUAGAUGGCCUUGUUUGUAGCUGCACUUGGGGUAAUUUUUUUCUCUGUACAUAGUAGCUGAACCAGAUUGCUUUUAUGUUGACAUCGUUUGGUUAUAGUGCAAUAUAUUUUGUAUGUAAGCAGUUUCAAUAAAUAAAGGUUGAUCUUCCUCUGCUAAGUGAAGUUUUUUUUUUUUAAUAUGGAAUACACAAAACCAUUACAUAAUGACUGGGAGAACAGAUGCGUUGAAAUGCAGUAGAAUAACCCUAACGUUCAAUUAUUGUACAGAAGGCAUGAUAUGACAUCCCAGUUGAACACACUGUACUGGUAGGAGUGUAGAAAACCUGGACUCAUUCACAUCAUCCUUAAAACUGUAUUUACAGUAUGACUAUUGAUUAGGGAAAUGUGGUUUCAUUUGAUGAGUUUUCUAUUUCCAAUGUGCGCCUCGGGUUUAAGACAGUGGAGAGAUGUCAUAAGUUGUGUGUAGCAUGUGAUACUUCUGUGGCAAGUCCCAAAACAUGUUGUCAUUGGACUAGUUGAAUUGUUAUUCAGAACAUUUAAUACAGAAGCUGUUGUAUUGCUGUGAGGCUCUUGAUUCUACUGUUAGGAUGGAUUUGUGUGUGUGUGUGUGUGUGGUUAUAAAAUGUAUUGCAGUCAUGAAACCACCGUAGCCCAAAGCAUACUGCUUUGUAUUCGUUCUUCAUCUCUUGUAAAGUCACAGUCCCUUUGGUAAUAAUAUUCCAGCAGUUUGCAGGAUAUUAGUACUCUGAGGGUGUUGAGGGUGGUGGGAUUUUAUUUUAUUUUAUUUUAUUGUUUGGUUUUGUUUUACUUGCUAGGUUCCCCGGGAAUUAUUGCAGCAGAAAACAAAGAAUAAUUAAAAAAUGGCUCUUUUGAAAUCCCCCUUAGCAAUUCUACUCAUAUUAAAAAUGUAAAAAAAAAAAAAAAAAACACAACUAUAAACCUUUUGUAUUGCAAGUUAAUUCCAGAGCUGUGAAGACCCCGGCUAUCUAAGGAGUUCUGUCUUGUCUUCCCAGUGGUUUGGAUUGUCACGUACUUGUUCGGUUUGGGAACUCUUGUUAAGACCGUGUGCUGCUUCUGAUGUUCAGGCCAGACCAGACCAGACAUCCCUUGAUUAAAAACAUUAAUUCCAAUCCCUGGGUUCUCAUGCCUUAAUAAAGUAACACUGCAUUGCGUGGGCUGUAGAUGUAAUGCAUAUGUGUAUACAGUAGUUACUGAAAGUGCAAAAUGGAUGGUGCAGUUUGAAUGUCACAAUGUAACUUAUGAUGUCACAAUGCAAUUUUAUGAUGUAAAUCGCAUGCACUGUACAUGGCUAUGUUAGAUGUGUUUUACAUGUAUCUCAUUUUGAUUGUAAAUUUAAAAACAGUAAUUUAAUGAUUAGUUCAUGGCUUUCAUUACUAACCCAUGAUAUUCUGGUUACUAUUCAUGUUCUCAAAUAGAUGUAUUUUACAAGUCAAUAAAUGGCCUUUUGUUACAGUAUAAAUAUGCACUUAAAAUGCCAAAUACUGGAUAAUUAGAACAGAUACAUUAUCAUACUGC